AUGAAUAUCUCGUCCAUGCUCUCCAACGAGAGCAGCACGCCUCCACCGGAUACGUUUGUCAAGAAUGAAGAUCAUGAGAUCCUCAACGGAAAGUCUGCUGUUCCAUCCUCCGUUCACGCCGUGAAUGGCUCUGAAGAAAACGGAAUCGAUCCAGACUACAAAGCAAAAUUCGAGUCUCAAGUCAGUAUCAUGGCACAGUUGGAUAGAGAUGCUACAUUGGCUAACGAAUUACGACUUCUUGUCUUUGACGAAGUCAAGCUCAACAAUUUGAUAUUGAAAACAGCGGACAUGUCCUACAACUACAUCGACCGACCUCUCCACCACAAUACGACCAGAGGCAAAGAGUUCAAGUGGGGUUCCACCAGAGAAGUCAACAAAAUUGAGCCCAAAACUCGCAGAAAGAAACCCUCGUCUUCGGGAACACCGCUGGCUGCUGGCGCUUCUCCUUCUGUGAGGGGAGCUUCGAAAAAGAGCUCUAGAGCAAAGAGAACAACUACGGAUUCGCCAGAUGUACCAACUAAAAGACAUAGAAGGGGUAAGGACGAUGAAGACGAAGGCAGAACCAAGCUCAAGAUCAAGAUCUCCCUCAAAAAGGAUACCGGCAGUGCUGAGGAAACCAAUAAGACCAACUCUAAAGAACUCAAGGCUCUUGUAAAACAGUAUGACAACACCUAUGUGGCUAUCUGGAAGGAUAUGUCAAGAAAGGAUGGGCCAAAGGUGUCGAGAUUGAUGCAACAGGCUACGCAAGCAAAACUUAUCAAUCUCAAGAAGACGUCGAUUCUCGCAGCCAGAGAAGCCAAGAGAUGGCAGCUUCGUAACAACAAGAACCAGAAAGAUCUCACAACUAAGGCCAGAAGAGCAAUGAGAGAAAUGUUCAACUUCUGGAAACGGAACGAGAGAAUCGAGCGUGAAUUGCGUAAAAAACACGAAAAAGAAUUAAUCGAUAGAGCUAAAAAGGAAGAGGAAGAAAGAGAAGCCAAGCGACAACUGAGAAAGUUGAAUUUCUUGAUUACCCAGACAGAAUUGUACUCCCAUUUUAUUGGGAAAAAGAUCAAGACAGACGAGAUCGAAGGGAUUGAUUCUGAUCCGAAUAUCAGGAGUCUUAAGACGGAUAGCAACUACGAUAAGUAUGUGGGCGUAGAUGGAAGUAAAAAGCACGAUAUUGACUCCCUUGACUUCGAUAACGAUGACGAGGAAGCCUUGAAUAAGGCAGCUGCUGCCAACGCACAAAAUGCUCUCAGUGCUGCCCAAAAUAAAGCUAAACAAUUUAACGAAGAUCCGUUGAAGAAUCCUGACACUAACGGUGAAGAAAUGAAUUUCCAGAAUCCAACGUUGAUGGGAGACAUUUCCAUAGAACAACCGAAGAUGUUGAAGUGCACGCUCAAGGAGUACCAGAUCAAGGGUUUGAACUGGUUGGCCAAUUUGUAUGAGCAGGGUAUCAACGGUAUAUUGGCAGAUGAGAUGGGUCUUGGUAAAACAGUCCAGAGUAUCUCUGUUCUUUCCUAUUUAGCCGAGACUCACAAUAUCUGGGGUCCCUUUUUAGUUGUAACCCCUGCUUCUACAUUACACAACUGGCAGCAAGAGAUCACCAGAUUUGUUCCUGACUUCAAGGUCUUGCCCUAUUGGGGUAACGCAAAGGAUCGUAAGGUCUUAAGAAAGUUCUGGGAUAGAAAGAGCUUCAGAUACGGAAAGGAUGCUCCAUUUCAUGUAUUGGUUACUUCUUACCAAUUGGUCGUUCAGGAUGCUGCAUAUUUCCAGAAGAUGAAAUGGCAAUACAUGAUUCUUGAUGAAGCACAGGCUAUCAAGUCUUCACAAUCCUCCAGAUGGAAGUCUUUGUUGUCUUUCAGUUGUAGGAACAGAUUGUUGUUAACUGGUACACCUAUCCAGAACUCAAUGCAAGAGUUGUGGGCGUUGCUUCACUUUAUCAUGCCUUCUCUUUUCGAUUCACACGAUGAAUUCUCUGACUGGUUCUCGAAGGAUAUCGAGAGCCAUGCACAGUCCAAUACCAACUUGGAUGAACAGCAGUUGCGCCGUUUGCAUGUUAUCUUGAAGCCGUUCAUGUUGAGAAGAAUUAAGAAAAAUGUCCAGAGCGAGCUUGGUGACAAGGUCGAAAUUGAUAUUUUCUGUGACUUGACCAACCGACAAAAAAGGUACUACCAGAUGUUGCGUUCGCAAAUAUCCAUAAUGGAUUUGUUAGAUUCGGCAAAUAGCAACAACGACGACGCCACCAGUUUGAUCAACUUGGUUAUGCAAUUCAGAAAAGUUUGUAACCAUCCUGAUUUGUUUGAAAGAGCAGACGUCAAGCUGAGUUUCUCGUUUGGCAGAUUUGCUGAAACCAGUUCGUUCAUGAGGGAAGGAAACGACUUAGAAAUGGCGUACACCUCUGAAAACUUGAUCAAGUACAACUUUCCCCGUUUAGUAUACGAUGAGUUGUUGACACCUACGUUCAAUAACAGCAUAGGUUCUAAGCAGAAGAUCUUUGAGACUUUCAGCAUAUACAAUGCCGACAAUAUCGACAACGGCAACAAUGACACGUUUGGAUGGUUGAGAUUCGUGGAUCAUUCGCCACGUGAGUUGAAGAGAAAGGCAUAUCAAAACGUCAUUGAGAGAGCCAUUGAGCGCAAAGAGUACUCAGACAUAAACUAUGAUGGGAUAAAUCGCUUCAAUCAGGUAUAUGACGGCGAUUUCAUUCCAACACUGAAACUGUUGCUUAUUGUAGAACAUAAUAACGACAUCAUUCAUAAGAUGAAUGCUUCCGAUGUGAAGGAACUCUUUUCUAUCCAGCAACGUGUUUACGAGGAUAUGUACAUAAACAAUAUUGAUCCAGCUGCGGAACCUAUUGCUUGUGCCACACCUAUAACCGCACUUUGUAGCUCGGUUUCUUUCCCACAGAAGAUUGAAAACGUCUUGUUUGAUACCAAAGUGAGAGCUAGUUUGAUGCCGUUAUCGUUGAAUAACGAAUACGAGUUGUUGAAACACAAUGUACCAGUCCCAGAGUUUCCCAAGUCUAGUUUGUUGCCUUCGUCUAUUAGUAAGAAGAUUGACUACUCCAACAUCCGAAUGCCUUCAAUGAAUAGAUUCAUUACCGAGGCUGGUAAGUUGGCCAAAUUGGAUGAGUUGUUAGUCGAAUUGAAGCAGAACGAUCAUAGAGUGUUGAUCUACUUCCAGAUGACCAGAAUGAUGGAUUUGAUGGAAGAGUACCUCACCUACAGGCAGCACAAGUACAUUAGAUUGGACGGUUCUUCCAAAUUGGACGAUCGUCGUGAUUUGGUGCACGACUGGCAAACCAAACCGGAAAUAUUCAUUUUCUUGCUUUCCACAAGAGCUGGUGGUUUGGGAAUCAAUUUGACAGCUGCAGACACAGUCAUCUUCUAUGACUCUGAUUGGAAUCCUACCAUUGACUCUCAAGCGAUGGACAGGGCCCAUAGAUUGGGCCAGACUCGUCAAGUGACAGUGUACAGAUUGCUCACCAGAGGAACAAUCGAAGAAAGAAUGAGAGAUCGUGCUAAGCAGAAGGAACAGGUACAACAAGUGGUCAUGGAAGGCAGAGCAGCGUUGCCCUCUAAGAAAGAAGAAGCUGCUAACAAAAAGAAAGACGUUGCCUUCUUGUUACUUGGAGAGGAUAAUGACGAUAGUUCAGAGAAGCUGGUAGCAAGUUCUAUCGCGUCUACCCCAGCUCCUGAGAACGGACAGUCUAAGAAGAAGAGAAAGACCGUCACUGCCGAGGAUGCUUUGUCUAGCAAGAAGUUAGAGGAGUUGUAUCACGAAGGUGAAGGUUCUUUCUCUGGAAAUGCCACUCCUGCUCUUUAGGGGUUUCAAUUGACAUAAUGAGGUCUCUUGUGUACAUUAAAUAGAUCUAACUAUUAGUGGUGUAUAAAUAGAAGUAUUAUUAAGAAAUGAAUAAAUAGUAAU